GGAAGUGACAGGCAAGUCGUCGCUGUUCAUGAGCGGUGAGCACGGCAGGAGCGAGAGAACCGGCAAAGACCGGGGGCAAGCGGGGCCGGCGGUCGGCGACAGAAAAAACACCCAAUCCGUGGAAUAAAACAUACCGACGUGAGCUCCUACUCAAACUUCAACCACCGACCACUCGACGUUGGUGAUUCGGAGGACCCUCCCGGUAAGAGCCCGACGAACAGCAGCCGAGGAGCCGUGCUCAUUUCCGGGGGAAGGGAGGCUGUUGUGGCUGUCCGCUCCGGCGCCUGUUGCUUGUAGUGCGAGCAGAGGAGUGUGUGCGAGCAGAGGAGUGUGUGCGAGCAGAGGAGUGUGUGCGAGCAGCUCUCCCUAUGUGUGUGACAAUGGGGGACAUCAGUGACCUGGACCGACAGAUCGAGCAGCUCAGACGCUGCGAGCUCAUCAAGGAAAAUGAAGUCAAAGCACUGUGUGCCAAAGCCAGAGAGAUUCUGGUUGAAGAAAGCAAUGUCCAGAGAGUAGACUCUCCUGUCACAGUGUGUGGCGAUAUACAUGGUCAGUUUUAUGACUUGAAAGAGCUAUUUAGAGUCGGUGGAGAUGUCCCAGAGACAAAUUAUCUCUUCAUGGGUGACUUUGUGGACAGAGGAUUCUACAGUGUGGAGACUUUCCUCCUUCUUCUAGCUCUUAAGGUGCGUUAUCCAGACAGGAUAACCCUGAUCCGGGGAAACCACGAGUCCCGACAAAUCACCCAGGUCUAUGGCUUCUACGACGAGUGCCUCCGCAAAUAUGGCUCGGUCACCGUCUGGAGAUACUGCACAGAGAUCUUUGACUACCUGUCCCUCUCUGCCAUCAUUGAUGGCAAGAUCUUCUGUGUGCACGGUGGCUUGUCUCCCUCCAUCCAGACUCUGGACCAGAUCCGGACCAUUGACAGAAAACAGGAGGUGCCCCACGAUGGGCCCAUGUGUGACCUCCUGUGGUCGGACCCUGAAGACACCACAGGGUGGGGGGUGAGUCCCAGAGGUGCUGGAUACCUGUUUGGAAGUGACGUGGUGGCCCAGUUCAACGCCGCCAACGACAUCCACAUGAUCUGCCGAGCACACCAGUUGGUCAUGGAGGGCUACAAGUGGCACUUCAAUGAGACUGUGCUCACAGUGUGGUCGGCACCCAACUACUGCUACAGAUGUGGCAACGUGGCAGCCAUCUUGGAGCUGGAUGAGCAUCUACAACGGGAGUUCAUCAUAUUCGAGGCAGCGCCACAAGAAACCAGGGGCAUUCCCUCCAAGAAGCCAGUAGCCGACUAUUUCCUGUGAAGUCUUUGAGCAGACGGCUGCGAUUUGUUUAAACCUCCGGUACCAUUUCACCCCCCCCCCCACCGCGCUCCAUCCUGCUGCUGGACGGUUCUGUCAGUCUGAACUCGCAGCAGUGAGACAGAAAACCUGCCACGCCCUCUGGAGCUCCAAACAGCUUCAGCUUGAAGAGCUGGAUUUUUUCCAUACUGCCCACGCCUGACAGAGCAGUCACUGUGAGAGGUGUAGGGGGGAGGGUGAUACUGGGGCCAUGACUGCUGUCACUUCUCUUCAGAUAUAUAAGAUGGUCAUUUUCUUUCUGCCCUCCUUCCGUUUCCACCUGCAGUCGUUCUCUCUCACUCUCUCUAGAUACGACACUCUCCCGCCUUUGACUUUAACCUCCACCACAAUUGUAGUGUUUUUUUUCAUGACGAACAUUGUCAUUUAGUUUUAGAAGUUGGAGGGAGUUAGAAUUUUUUGGCUUUUGCAAAAAUAUGCAGAUGUAGGAAGUUUCACUAUUUUUAUCGUUAAAGGAAUUCCUUCAAUGCAUUCAUUCUAUUUGUUUUUUUUAUUUUUUAACAAUUGUUGCUGCCAGGUUAAAAUACAAAAACGACCAAGACCCCCAUCCUUUUUUUGCUCUUACGUUUCCUUUUAACUGUCAUUUGUCAUGUGAGUCACUAUUUAACAUCCCCAGUGCUGCUGCUCAGCAUCAUCACAAACAAACACCAUUCAUGUAAUGACUUCCGAUUGGAGUCACUAUCUUCACCGAUGUUUUCUCUCUUUAUUCCUUUAAAUCCACAAAUCUCUGUAGGUCUGUCAAUUUUGAUAUUGUGAGAAUAAAGUUUUUGUAUUAAUGAUGA